AUGUUUACUACUCGCCAGCCUUACAUCUUCGACAAGGAAAACCUCGUCCUGCCACUCCACCUUAGAGCCAUCAUACCAAGGAAAGCGUAUGAUGCAUUCAGCCACGCGUGCCAGGCUGCCUCAGAGGCCUUUAGAGCCCUGAAGAUCGUUGAGAGUCGGCAUGCCUAUCGCUUCAGGGCGAUGUGCUCGCGUGCCAACUCAACCCACUACGAGAAGCACGUCGAGUCCAUCCGCUGUCUUCUCGACUGGACUCAAAAUGACGGGGUCUACAAUCCUACCCUGGCCCCGUCUCCCAAAAUCUCGGCAGACGUGCUGCACUUCCACGUCGACCAGCGUACCUACGACGCGUACGUUGUGGAGUAUGCUUACAUGCUCGAGUCCUUCAUCAGCGUUCCGUACAGGAACUGGCUGAAAGCAAAGGUCACGCUUGAGAGAACCAUCUCUAGCUCUGGCAUGAGCGAGAUGGAUCAGUGCCAGUGGCGCCGCUGGUGGAAUUCCGCCUUCCUUGCGGAGAUGGCCAAGUGGGAGUCCCGUGUCGAGGGUCUCGUCGUUCCGUCGUGGGAAGAGAUCAUCGACGAGGUUUACCAGGCUAUCCUAGAGCGAGUCGACUCGGCCAAGCCUCUGGUCGACAGCUUCUACGUCAACUCGGGAAUCAGCCGCAUCUGAUCCGUUGGCUUUUCUCGGCAUUCACCAUGAAAUGAAUUUUAAAUAUCAUAUUUGAAUCUUUAAAGGACACUCGAUACCCUUUUCUAUGGUGGAUUUGCUGGCAUUAUGAUGUAACGAAAUGGCUUCUGCGUUAAAAUUGAGACUCCUGCAUGGCAUAGCGUGUCAUCCAUCAUUGAAUUCUGAAACAUGUAUCUAAUUCAAGUCUUGCUUUAAUUCUUU